AUGGCCUUCCGUCUUCGUCAUGUGGCGCACCUUCCCACGAUGCCGCCGCUAAGUCUGGGAAGUUCCGGCCUGGUGGUGCUGCCGUCACUGCCAUGUGGUGCAGAGGAGGUAGCUUCCGCCAGCUCUAGUGGCCCUGAUACAACGCUGGUAGUGCUGCUGUUGGUGGCGGCAUUGCUGUGGUUCACGAUGCUCAGCAGCAUCGCUCUGCAGUUGGGCGGUGCUGAACCUGGCGUGGAAUCCACCUAUUGGUGGAUGGAUGAGUCCAAGAUGUCGCAGGUGCCGAAGCCGCUUAAGAAAGGAGAUCAUUCACGAGCUCGAUCUUUGGACUGA